AUCUGAUCUACUAAAAUAUUCAUACAGCUUGGUGGAGCCAAGGGCCAGAUCUCAGUAUUUAAUCCCCGGGCUCGAGACUUGGUUAAAUUGUUGAUGCUAAUAAUGGUACACUGUUCUGCAUCGACGGCGACUUGGCUGCGACCGUACCAGGCUCUUACAACGUUUUACCAAUCAAAACGAGAUGCUUGGAAGAUGCUACCUACCCGGGAUGGCGAGAGAUGCUAGCGGUCUCACAUUGAUUCGCGUCGGUUGCUAAUUCGCGUUUAGGUGAUUCCGAGAUGAUUGAUUUGGCAGAGUUUCGUCUCUAGCGAUGUUCUACCAUCUGUGGGGGGAUGAUAGUAAUGACCCUGAUUUGAUUCAUGGAGAAGCAAGGGUCUGUUGGCAGAACGGGGUGCCUUGCUCUACCCCAUCGUUUGCCCGUGUUCCUUUCCUUCCUCCAGUGUUCACUUUGGCCCACCCAAAAAGCCGUCCAUGCCUGACUGGAAUUCUCCUGAAGAGCUUCUCCGCGAUGCAGGAAUCUACGUCAAGCUCACGCACGUAAUGGCUGGCGUGUACUUUUGGGAGUUUGCCACUUCGCUUGACUUCGAGUGGCAAUUCAUCUCUGGGAAGAAGAAAUUUCAUUGGCCAAUGAUAUUUUACUUUCUCGCUCGUUAUCUCAUCCUCAUGUGCUUGAUUGGCAUCCUGGUGGCCCUCAACACCACCACUCCCGUGAAUUGCGCAGCAUUAUACGGAGUUGUUGGAUUCGCCGGACAAGCAAGUGUCGGAUUACCCAGUUUGAUCCUCGCUAUUCGCACUAUGGUGAUUUGGAGGAUGGAUCUUCGUGUCGUCAUCCCACUUUCUGUCCUGAUAGUCGGACACUGGGUGUUCAUCCUCCUAGGUUCCGUCAUCACUGGCAAUUGGGUCGAUGGACAGGGCUGCCUCUUCGAUGUGCACUACCACUAUGCACUCAUCGUCACAUUCGUUUAUUCUGUCUGCUUCGAUUUGCUCGUUCUUUCUCUCACCGCUUGGAAGCUUCUCCUCAAUAAACAAAGGCGUUCGCAGAUCGUCAAGCUGAUGUUCAACGACGGUUUGAUUUACUUCGUCGCUUGUUUUGUCGUCAACGUUCCAGCCAUGGUUCUGAUGGCUUUGAACCUGAACGCAAUUAUGGGGGCUAUUUUCAAUCUUCCCGCAGCGACAAUUGCCACAACUAUGGCCUGUCGAGCUGUUCGUCGCUUGCAUAACUUUUCCACUCAAGGACCAGAGAUGUUCUCCUCCAAGAGCAACUCCGAACAAGCAGUCUCGAGUGGAAACCCUCGCUCUCAUACUCCAGGUGGUAUCAACCCCAUCUCUAUUGCCCGCACCGCAAGGCGGUCCAGCGGCGUCCACGUUCAGAUGGAUACUUUCACUGUUGCUGACCAUGAUUCGGAACGAAAGUACGAUGCCAAAUACAGGGACCCAGAGGGUAUGGCAUACUAGGAUCAUGUACCGAUCGUAUUCUUGCGCAUUUGCUGCAGUUGUUCUGAGUGGACUCUCUCUGGAAGAAAUCCCAUCUAUUCGAAUAUUCUAUUGGUCGACUCGUAGUGUCAUUCUUUAGGUUGUUGUCGGUCAAGAGUCAUGUAAUAUGUUCCUUUCCAAGCUUGGUUCUAUGAAUAGCAGUAUCACUCCUGGCGUUUGGUGAAUCUGAUUUGCAGUC